AUGCGCACAUCUCUCCCCCUCAUUGGGGCCGCUCUCUCCGUCCUCCUUGCCCCAGUUCAAUCCCUCUACUUUUAUAUCGACGGCUCAGCACCCAAAUGUUUCUUCGAGGAAUUACCCAAAGACACAUUGGUAGUAGGCCAUUAUACCGCUGAGGAAUACGAUGAAAAUACAAGACAAUGGAGUAAACAUGAUGGAUUAAACAUUUUUAUUUCUGUAGAUGAAGUCUUCGACAACGACCACCGAGUAGUUUUCCAAACCGGUUCAUCUUCUGGUCGUUUCACCUUCACAGCCGCCGAUUCUGGCGACCACAAAAUCUGCUUUACUCCCUCCUCCACCUCCGGUUCUAGCAAUUGGCUCAGCGCAUUACAUUCAAAUGGCGGUAUUAAAUUGACUCUCGAUAUGGCAAUUGGAGAGACGAGCCAGAUUGAAAGUGACGAUAAGGGAAAAAUCAACGAUAUUGUGCAAAAGGUCAAGGAUUUGAAUGGCAGAUUGCAGGAUAUUAGAAGGGAACAGGUUUUCCAACGGGAACGCGAAGCCGAAUUCCGCGACCAAUCCGAAUCCACCAACGCGCGCGUCGUCCGCUGGACACUAAUCCAACUCGUCGUCUUGGGAAUUACUUGCGCAUGGCAACUCUCGCAUCUGCGAUCCUUCUUCAUCAAGCAGAAAUUGACUUAG